AGGAAACCCAGCUGCUAGCACCUUGAGGGCAAGCGUCUCUUCAUGUCGCAGGAAGCUGCAGACCUAGCUGCAGUCCUCGCGGAAGCUGAUGAAUGGGGUCCCGAAAAGCUCACACAUCACGAACGGUGGUGGGUGCAACACCGACCGUUCUUCGAGCAAGCUGGGUAUUCUUUUCGAGCUCGAUAUCAGCCUGGAUGGGUCGCGUCCUGGACGGGAACAGACGACUGGUACCGUCAGUACGAGGACGGACAAUACCAGCCAAGAGACAUGGUGUUUGACGGGAGACGUGUGGCCGAUGGUGCCUAUGUCUACAUGAAGCGCAUUUCCCAAACCAGAGGCAAGGGAGUGCCUGACGAGCUGGAUAUUCUUCAGUAUCUACACUCAGAACCUCUCGAAUCCGAUCCUCGCAAUCGUUCCGUGCCCAUCCUCGACAUCUUACACAUACCGAACGAACCAGGGGAGAUGGUCGUGGUGACACCCAUGUUUAGGCCGUUCUACAGUCCGAAAUUUCAGACACUUGGCGAAGCCGUCGCUUUCUUUACCCAGAUUUUUGAGGCUGUCGAGUUCAUGCAUGAGCAUCACGUUGUUCACGGGGAUUGCACUAAGGAAAAUAUCAUGAUGGAUCCCACUCAUUUGUACCCCGACUCCUUCCACCCUAUCGCACGAGAUCGCCGGCGUGACUGGAAAGGCAAGGCGAGACACUACAGGCGAACGCAAUGCCCACCCAGGUACUACCUCAUCGAUUUCGGGCUUUCUCAUCGCUACACUUCUGAGGAGGAGCCGCCGCUUCGUCUGCCUGCGUAUGGAGGCGAUAAGUCAGCCCCUGAACAUGAGACCUAUGACACGCUUUGCGACCCAUUCCCAACCGAUGUCUACUACCUCGGAAACUUGGUUCGAGAGAGGUUCAUGAAGGAAAGCUAUGGGUUCGAAUUCAUGGAACCUCUCAUCGCGGAUAUGGUCCAAACUGACCCGUCCAAGCGCCUGAGGAUGAACGAGGUCGUGCAUCGGUACGGUGUCAUCCGCGAUGCGCUCUCGACGCACAAGCUCCGUUCGCGGAUCGUCUGGCGCGACGAAUGGCUCAUCCAACGGUUGUUCUUCAACUUCGCGCAUCUGAUUUGCACCGCCAAAUACAUCAUCAUGCGCAAACCUGCUAUCCCCAUGCCCCCACCCUGACGUUCCCUCCUGCCCUAUCUACUUUCUCGCUGUCUCGCUGUCUCUGUCGCUUUGUUUUGAUGUGCUUUCGUUCUCAAUAUUGCAUCAACGCCUGCUA